AUGUAUGGGCGCUACACCCAGGAGCUGGGGGUGUACGCCAAAGAAGAGGCAGCUCGACUGAGAGAGAGUGGGCAGAGGCGUUCGGUCAGUGAGCGAAGUCGAAACUUGGACCUGCUGGAAUACGACAAAGGACGCUGUGCCAAGUGUCGCAUUUGCACUGUUCGCUGCCAGAAAUUCCUGAUCUCACGGGUUGGAGAGGACUGGAUUUUCCUUAUUCUUCUGGGGCUCCUCAUGGCAUUGGUCAGUUGGGUGGUGGAUUUCUGUAUUGCCAUUUGUCUUCAAGCACAGAAGUGGAUGUAUGGUGGCCUGGACAGUAAUGUUUUCUUGCAGUAUCUGGCCUGGGUCACAUACCCAGUAGUCCUCAUCACGUUCUCAGCAGGCUUCACGCAGAUUCUUGCUCCACAGGCUGUCGGCUCAGGUAUUCCAGAGAUGAAGACCAUCUUGCGAGGAGUGGUGCUGAAGGAAUACCUCACCUUCAAAACCUUCGUGGCCAAAGUCAUUGGCCUUACCUGUGCCUUAGGUAGUGGAAUGCCGCUGGGGAAAGAGGGUCCAUUUGUCCACAUUGCCAGUUUGUGUGCAGCUCUCCUCAGCAAAUUCAUGUCUCUAUUUGGAGGAAUUUAUGAGAACGAGUCAAGAAACAUUGAGAUGCUGGCAGGAGCCUGUGCAGUUGGAGUAGGUUGCUGUUUUGCAGCCCCAAUAGGAGGUGUCUUGUUCAGUAUUGAAGUAACAUCCACAUUUUUUGCGGUGAGGAACUAUUGGAGAGGUUUCUUUGCUGCUACCUUCAGUGCCUUCAUCUUCAGAGUGCUUGCUGUUUGGAACAGAGACGAAGAGACCAUCACAGCUCUUUUUAAGACUAGAUUCCGGCUAGAUUUCCCAUUUGACCUCCAGGAGCUACCUGCUUUUGCUGUCAUUGGUAUUGCAAGUGGUUUUGGUGGAGCUUUGUUCGUUUACCUCAACCGACUCAUUGUCCAGUUCAUCAGGAAUCAAAAGGCCAUCAACAGAUUUCUUAUGAAAAAACGUCUUCUGUAUCCAGCACUGGUAACUCUAUUAGUUUCCACGCUCACAUUCCCCCCUGGCUUUGGACAGUUCAUGGCUGGCAAGCUCACCCAGAAGGAAUCGCUGGUGACAUUGCUUGACAACCGCACAUGGGCCAAACAAGGCAUUGCAGAAGAGUUUGAUUACAUCGGACACUCCCAGGCCUGGCAACAUCCGCAGGUCAACGUCUUUGUCACACUGGUUAUCUUCAUAGUCAUGAAGUUCUGGAUGUCUGCCUUGGCCACAACUAUUCCAGUACCCUGUGGGGCCUUCAUGCCAGUAUUUGUUAUAGGUGCAGCAUUUGGUCGUCUGGUUGGCGAAAGCAUGGCUGCCUGGUUCCCAGAUGGAAUUAACACAGAUGGAACCAUCUAUCCAAUUGUACCAGGAGGAUAUGCGGUUGUUGGUGCAGCAGCAUUGUCUGGAGCGGUCACCCAUACAGUUUCCACUGCAGUGAUUGUGUUCGAGCUGACAGGGCAGAUCUCUCACAUCCUGCCUGUGAUGAUAGCAGUGAUCCUCGCCAACGCAGUGGCACAAUCUCUGCAGCCCUCCCUCUACGACUCCAUCAUCCGGAUCAAGAAGCUGCCCUAUCUCCCAGAGCUGGGAUGGGGACACCACGAGAAAUACAAUAUUCGUGUGGAGGACAUUAUGGUAAGGGACGUGCGCUACAUUACACUCAGUUGCUGCUACAGAGACCUGCAUAAUGUCCUGUUGACGGGUCACCUCAAAACUCUGGCGCUGGUGGAAUCAGCUGCAUCCAUGAUUCUCCUGGGCUCCAUUGAGCGCUCUCAGCUCCAAGCGUUGCUCUCACUGCAGUUAGGACGCUCUCGUCGCCUGGAGUUCAUCAGAGAGCGAGCAGCAGCAGAGAAGAAGCGCCUGUCUAUCGUCUCUAACUCGGACUGUGAGGAUAACCACCAGCGAGCAAGUCAGGAAGUCCGCUUUCAGAUAUCUACUGAAGAAUCAUCAUUCAGUCCCACUCGUCCAGUUCCUCAGAAGCCCUUGAAACCUGCUUUAAAAAGACCCUCAGUUGUGGAGCGUCCCACUGAUAUCCCAAUUGGUUCACAGGAUCAUUCAAACAACUCUAGUCUAAAGAACUUGUUUUGCGCAAGUACGGAUGCAGAACUCAUGGAGGAUGAUGACGAUGUGGAAGAUGAUAUGACUAUCAGAGAGAUUGCUGAAUGGGAAGAGAUGCAGCUUGACGAGCAGGUCAACUUUAACAACUGCAAGAUCGACCCGGCACCAUUCCAGCUUGUGGAGCGCACAUCACUACAUAAGACACACACCAUCUUUUCCCUGCUGGGCCUUGACCACGCCUAUGUCACGAGUAUCGGACGCCUCAUUGGAGUGGUUUCCCUUAAAGAGCUUCGAAAAGCCAUCGAGGGCUCUGUGACAGUGAAAGGCGUGAAGGUGCGCCCGCCGCUGGCCAGCUUUCGAGAGAGCGGCACCAGCAGCAGUGAGAAUGAGGCCACCGAGCUCCACAAGCUGUGGGAUCGCCAAAAGAGCACAUCGCUGCCCGGUGAAUGCACCCCGUCAGAGUCUGACGAAAAAUCCCAGUGA